CGCGUCAUCGGCGUCGUCGCGCACGUCGACGCCGGGAAGACGACGCUGAGCGAGGAGAUGCUGGCGCUGUCCGGCGCCAUCACGCGCUCCGGCCGCGUGGACAGCGGGUCGACGGCGACGGACUUCCUGGCCCAGGAGCGCGCGCGGGGCAUCACGAUCUCGAGCGCCGCGGCGCACCUCGACUGGCGCGGCACGCGCGUCGUCCUCGUGGACACGCCCGGCCACGUCGACUUUGGGCACGACGUCGACCGCGCGCUCCGCGUCAUGGAC